AGGUCUGUCAUUCAGGGGUUGACGUCUACGUGGUGAGGUUUGGAACCACUAACCCGGUUGUACACUUAUCACCAUGGUUGAGACCCGUAGUGGGAAGGAGACUAGCCCCUACACCACUGAGCAGCAAGAAAAGAUGGCCGCCUUAGUCAGAGAGAAUAAGGAGAGGAAAGAGCGUGAAAAGCAAGCCAAGCUAAAGGCUAUCGCAGACGAGCAGGUGGCGAAGAUGAAGAGAUUGGAGGAGGAGAUCAAGAGGGUACAACAGGAGGAGGAAGAAAGAAGGAAGGUUGCUGAAGCAGAAGCGGCUGCAGAAGAAGAGAAAGAGAGGAUGAGAAUUGAGAGUGGGGAAGGAAGUAGUGGUGGCACGAUGAAGUGGGAGACAGAUACUGAGUUGGAGAAGAAGAUCAGCGAGUGGGUCGCUAAUUUAUCGUUGGGGGAAGACGAGGAGGCGGAGUCCUAUGUGACUAAGGAUGAGAAGGCUGCGCUGGCCGCUGAGCUAGCAACCAUGACAGACCCAAUGGAACGAAGAAAGAGCGAAAACGAGCAAAAGUUAGCAUGGAAGUUCAGAAUGAAGUGGGAGAAGAAGAGGAGGAGAGAGGAAGUGAAUAAGAUGACCGCCGCAGUGGCAAAGGUGCAGGAGUGUAGAGCGGAGGUGCUGGCCCAGCCAGAUAAUAAGGCCAAGAUAGAGAUAGAGUCUGACAGUAGAACUCCUAAGGGUGCAGUCUACAGGAUGUCCCCUAGAGAGUUAGAGGAGCUCCGCAAGCAGUUAAACGAACUCCUUGAGAAAGGUUGGAUCAGGCCCAGUUCGUCUCCUUUUGGAGCACCCGUUUUGUUUGUCCCCAAGAAGGAAGGAGAGCUUUGUAUGUGUAUAGACUAUAGGGGUUUGAACGCGAUCACAGUGAAGAAUGUUGAGCCGCUGCCCAGGAUAGACGAUCUUUUAGAUCGAGUACAGGGUUAUAAGUAUUUCUCUAAGAUAGACUUAAAGUCCGGAUACCAUCAGAUAGAAGUCCAUCCUGAUGAUCAGAACAAGAUUGCAUUCCGGACUAGAUAUGCGCAUUAUGAGUUUAUAGCGAUGCCCUUUGGACUGACCAACGCGCCAGCUACUUUUCAGCAUUGUAUGAAUGACUUGCUUAGACCAUGGUUAGAUAAAUUUGUAGUAGUCUACUUAGAUGAUAUCCUAGUCUUUAGUAAGACCCUCCAGGAGCACCAGGGUCAUCUGAGGCAGGUCUUGGAGAAGCUGAGAGAGGUUAACUUCAAGAUCAACGCGAAGAAGUGCGAGUGGGCCAAGACGCAAGUCUUAUACUUGGGCCACGUGUUGGACGGAGAUGGCAUUAAGCCAAAGGACAGCAAGAUCGCGGCGAUCAGAGAUUGGCCGACGCCCCCCACAUUGACAGAGUUGCGGUCGUUCCUAGGCUUAGCUAACUAUUAUAGAAAGUUCGUGAGGAACUUCUCCACUAUCGCCGCUCCCUUGCGCAGGUUGUUGAAGAAAGAGACAAUCUGGCAAUGGGAUAAAGACUGUACGUCUGCGCUCAAAAAGUUAAAGCGCGCGUUAAUAGAGUAUCCUGUCCUCAAGGUUGCAGACCCGUCCUUGCCAUUUGUCGUCACCACGGACGCGAGUCGGUAUGGGAUAGGCGCCGUGUUGCAACAAGAUGACGGCAAUGGCUAUAGACCCGUAGAGUUCAUGUCCGCGAGGAUGCCUUGUGAGAAAGUCGCUACCUCCACGUACGAAAGAGAACUCUAUGCCCUCAGGCAGGCUUUAGACCAUUGGAAGCACUACCUGCUUGGGAGGCACUUCAAAGUCUACUCGGACCAUGAAACACUUAGAUGGUUGAAGACACAGGCCAAGAUGACACCUAAGUUGACUAGGUGGGCCGCAGAGAUAGACCAAUUCGACUUUGAGCUCAAGCCAGUGAAGGGCAAGUACAAUGUAGUGGUGGAUGCUCUAAGUAGGAGAUCAGACUACUUUGGAGCCGUAGGUGAUCCAGUGUAUGUGAACAUUGAGAUGUUUGGGCGCUGAAGUCGCCAUAGCCAAUUGAGAG